GUUUGUUUCUUAUUGCUGCUAAUAGGUGUUGUUACAUAAUGACAGCCUUAAAAUAACAUGGCUUAGGAAGCUCUAUUUAUCAUACAUAAAAAGAAGGGGAAAUUUUAUGACCUAAGUAAGCUCUACCAAUUCAAAGCUUUCUGCAUUCGUUGGGAUUUUAGUACCUCCCAACGACUGCUAAUGUAUAGUUUCUCAUGUAUGACAUGCCACCUGGGUUUAUGACAACCAUGAAGACCUCAUCAAAUUCCCAGUACUCGUCAUACUCUGUUUCCAAAGUUUUCAACCCUCAAUUCCAAAUUCUCCAUUUUCUAUCCUACUUCGGUCUGUUAGGCUGUGGAAUAACUCUGGGAAUCAUUCUGAGUUUCUACAUCAAAGGUUGCAACUUGAACCUGCAACUCACUCGUCUCUCAGUCUCUGAAAUUUCCGCACCGCCAAGGCCUGAAAUUUCCGACGAGACUCACGUGGGGCUGAAGAACUAUUUGAAGCCGCCGGCUGUGAUGCACGACAUGGACGAUAAAGAGCUUCUAUGGAGAGCUUCAAUGGCUCCGAAGAUCAAAGAAUAUCCUUUUAAUCGAACUCCUAAAGUGGCCUUCAUGUUCUUGACGAGAGGCCCUGUGUUUCUGGCUCCCUUGUGGGAAAAGUUCUUCAAAGGCCAUGAAAAGUAUUACUCAAUUUACGUCCAUUCGAAUCCUUCGUACAAUGGAUCAGACCCUGAAAGUCCAGUCUUCCAUGGUCGCAGAAUUCCCAGUAAGGAAGUGAAAUGGGGAAGCGUGAACAUGGUCGAAGCGGAGCGUCGUUUACUAGCAAACGCACUGCUUGACGUUUGGAACCAACGUUUCGUGCUGUUAUCGGAAUCCUGCAUUCCUCUCUUCAACUUCUCCACCGUCUAUUCCUACCUCAUGAACUCCUCCGUCAGCCACGUCAUGUCCUACGACGAGCAUUCUGCGGUGGGACGCGGCCGCUACAGCCCCCGCAUGCUCCCCCUCAUCACCGUCGACCAAUGGCGUAAGGGCUCCCAGUGGUUCGAAAUGGACCGGGAACUCGCCCUCGCCGUCGUCUCCGACAGUACCUACUUCCCGGUGUUCCACCAUUACUGCAAGCGGUCGUGUUACGCCGACGAGCACUACUUGCCGACGUUCGUGACCAUGAAGCACGCUAGCAUUAACUCCAACCGGACGUUGACCUGGGUUGACUGGUCAAAGGGUGGGCCCCAUCCGGCAAGGUUGGCCAGGAACUACGUCACCGUUGAGUUCUUGAAGGCCCUGAGGAACACAACGUGUGAAUAUAAUGGGGUUGAGGAUAGCAAUGUGUGUUACCUCUUUGCCAGGAAGUUCUUGCCUGACACAUUAAGCAGACUUCUUAGAUUUGCUCCUAAGGUUAUGCAAUUCUGAGGAUACAUAAUACUAACGUUAUAUUUACU